GGAAGUGAUUGAACUAUAUUCACUGCGAUUUAUGCUGGUCACUGAUUCAAUAUACCGGGGUAAAAAUGUGGAAAUUCGGAAGUCUUACUGAGACGCAGUAACCGAACAUCAGUUCACUUUUAAAGGACAGAUAUAUUGACGAAUCAUCGCGUUCACAAUGACUAAUGCCAAUUUACAGAAAGCCAUUGACUUGGCCAGCAGAGCCUCAGAGGAAGACAAGGCGAAAAACUACGAGGAAGCUCUGCGCCUCUAUCAACAUGCAAUCCAGUAUUUUCUACAUGUGGUGAAGUAUGAAGCUCAGGGAGAAAAAGCGAAGCAGAGCAUCAGGACAAAGUGUGCCGAUUAUCUGGACAGAGCGGAGCAGCUAAAGCAGUAUCUGAAGAAGAAAGAGAAUGCACCGCCAUCCAAACCUGUGAAAGUUCCCCAGUCUGAUGAUAAAGGGAAUGAUAGUGAUGAUGGCGAUUCAGAGAAAAAGAAAUUCCAAAAUCAACUCCAAGGUGCCAUUGUCAUGGAGAAACCCAACAUAAAGUGGGAUGAUGUUGCUGGUUUGGAGGGAGCAAAGGAGGCCCUUAAAGAAGCUGUCAUCCUGCCAAUUAAAUUCCCCCAUCUUUUCACAGGGAAAAGGACUCCAUGGAGAGGGAUUUUACUCUUUGGCCCUCCAGGUACAGGAAAGUCCUACCUGGCUAAAGCAGUGGCUACUGAGGCCAACAACUCCACCUUCUUUUCCAUCUCGUCAUCAGACCUGGUGUCCAAGUGGCUGGGAGAAAGUGAGAAGUUGGUGAAGAGUCUGUUCAGCCUGGCUCGGGAGAAUAAGCCGUCCAUCAUAUUCAUUGAUGAAAUUGACUCAAUGUGCGGCUCGAGAAAUGAGAACGAGAGCGAAGCAGCCCGCAGGAUCAAGACGGAGUUUCUGGUCCAGAUGCAAGGCGUUGGAAAUGACAAUGAAGGAAUUCUGGUUCUUGGAGCAACCAACAUACCCUGGACACUUGAUUCUGCCAUUAGAAGAAGGUUCGAGAAACGCAUCUACAUCCCUCUUCCCGAGCAGCACGCUCGCAUGUCUAUGUUCAAACUCCACCUUGGCUCCACCCCCAAUACUCUUACCGAAGCUGAUUUCGUCACACUUGGGAAGAAGACCAAUGGCUAUUCAGGUGCUGACAUAAGCAUCGUAGUUCGGGAUGCCCUCAUGCAGCCCAUUCGCAAAGUUCAGUCAGCAAGCCACUUUAAAAAGGUCAAAGGAAAAGCAUGGAACAACCCUGAUGUCAUGGUGGAUGACCUCUUGACCCCCUGUUCUCCGAACGACCCCAAUGCAAUACAGUUGACCUGGGUAGAUGUGGCGAGCGAUAAACUCCUAGAGCCAAUAGUUUGCUUGGAGGACAUGUCCCGGUCACUUGAGAAAACCAAACCCACCGUGAAUGAGGAGGAUCUGGAAAAACUGAAGAAGUUCACUGAAGACUUUGGCCAGGAGGGUUAAACCAAGAGAACGGACUCAUUUGUUCCACAGGGAGCAAACUUUGUGCAGGGUUUUUGUCGUUUAAUUCAUUGGAAAUUAUAUACAUUUCUCCUAACUGUGGCAUCUAUUUAUAUUUUGUCAAUUAAUGUGUUUGCUAUGCCACAAAACAUGGGUUUUGCUUAGUUUUUGUUUGUAUUCCCAGAUUAUUCAACCAAGCUGUUUCUGCAUCUUUAGUUUUUUCAAAUCUUUCACAUUGGUCCAUGUUUGAUGCUCUAUUAUUCUCCUAAACAUAAUCAAUUAAUGGUUAUGAUUUCAGGAAUGAUUAAGCAUUAGAUAUUUUUAUCAAGACUUUUGAAAAGGUCAUCAGCGCAAAUAUUGGUUGGUCAGUUACUUAAAUGCAUUACUUAAGUGCCUUAAUAGCUGGUCUGUUUUUAGGUUUUGGAAAAAUAAGACCAACUGUUAAUAAAUGAAUUUUGGACCAGAAUGAAAGGUGAGCAGUGGGAACAGAUAGUGUUUACAAAUGAAAUGUGCGUUGGGUAAUAUAUCAAAUCUCCGUCUUUGCCAACUCUUUGAAGAGUGGUUAUUUUUCUACUUUAAUGUUUUCCUACUUUUAUCUGUAAAUAAAAUUUACAAACUCUAUCUGGUUUGUUUUUCACUUGUAUGUAAUGCCCACAAACUAAGAUCAUAGAGCAGAUUGAAUGGUGUUUGUGCCAUGAAUUCAACUGAACCAGACUGAGAGACCAUUUAAAGGCUCAGGAACCCUUUGCAGGUGUUUAGCUGAUUAGAGUGUGACACUUUGAGCCUACAAUACUGAACCUUUUCACAAUAUUCUAAUUUUCUGAGAUUCUGAAUUUGGGGUUUUCAUAAGCUGUAAGCCAUAAUCAUCAAAAUUAUAUCAAAU